AUGGCACGUGCUAAUCUCUUGCUGAGCGCCGAGCUUGAGCGUGCGUUCGCCGCCGCACAGAAUGGCAAGCUGCGUUAUGUUAAAGUUUCUAUUGAUAAUGAAUCGUUUGUAGUAAGCGCCUCUGGACCUGCGACGUCAGAGCCCCACGACGAUGUAGCGCAGCUGGUGACAUCGUCUCUGAAUGCAGAGGAGGCGGCAUUUGUACUGCUGUGUCCCGACACAAAUGUCUCGGCGUUACGUUGGGUGCUGUUAGCUUUUGUCCCCGAAAGUGUAAGUGUACGCGACCGUAUGUUGUACUCCUCGUCACGUGAUUCGCUCAAAAAACAGCUGGGUCUUAAUUACUUUUCAGGGGAAUUUCACGCGACGGAAUUGCAUGAAGUGACGUGGAAAAGCUUCCUCGAGGCAAGGAAGAAGCAGGCAGCAGAUGCUCCUCUGUCCGAAUCGGAGCGACUGCUGAAGGAGGCAGCCAUGUUGGAGCGUGACACGAAUGUAAAAUCCAGUGCCAUGGGUGUUGUACCUUUUCAGAUUACGCAGAAUGUGCGUGAUAAGCUCAGGCUGCUCAAGGAAAACAAGUUUGACUGGAUAUCAAUGAAAUUGAGCGAGAAUAAUGAGAGUGUCGAGGUGGUAAAGAGUCUUGAGAACUUGGAGCUUAGUGACGUGUCCUCUAUUCUUGAUCGUCACACUCCGAGCUUUGUAGCGUAUCGCUAUCGUGGUCCGUUGGCUUCGAAUGCUACGUCGGCACUGGUUUUCAUGUACGUGUGUCCGGAAGAUUCUCCCGUGAGACUGAAAAUGGUCUAUUCGACAUGUAAGGCUACAGUACUCUCCGUUGCUAAGGAAGAGCCCCUCAACAUUACGUUUGAUCACACGAUUGAGAUCAAUACCCCGACCAGUGCAGCCGACGACAUUCGAUCGGAGUUAGCCUCGCUAAAGACCGAGGAAGAGCUAAAGCCACGCGAGUUUGCACGUCCUGCUGCUCCUGGAGGUCGUGGACGCGGUCGAGGUCGAGGUCGCGCUUCUCCUGGUGCCCAUUGA